UCGUGUGAGUGUGCGAGUGCGCGCUUCCCGUCCCGCUGGCCCCUCCCCCUGCCGCGGCCCCUCCCCCCCGGCGGCCCCUCCCUCCCACAUCGGCUAAACUCUCCCGGGCCGAAGCUGCCAGGGAAGCGGGACUCUGCGCUCCCAGCCCGGCCCGACACCCCCCCCCCGGGGAAGGUAAAGCACCCAGGGGGAGCCCCCAAGAGAUCAGUGCCCCGUGCCGGACCCCGCGUGGCCCCCAGACUGCAGACAAUGAGCAGCCAAGAUGUGACUGUGAAAAAGGAACAGUCGGAGGAGGAGGAGGAGCCCCAGCCGGCCGCGUGGCCCGACAAGACCAAAGAGGCCAAUAAGAAGAAGAUGAACGAUCGGACCGAGGAAGUGCCUGCUGAGAUCUGCGUGGUGAUUGGUGACAACAGGAAGCAGCAAAGCGCCGGGGAAAACUCACCUGAGAGGCAGGAAGCAGCAAUGAGCCGCGAAACCUCCUGGAGUGGGAGUGGCCGACAGCGGAACAUUCCGCCGAGGAUCAGCACCUCAUCCCCAGGUUCCUACGAGUGUGGGAUUUGUAGGAAGAAGUACAAAUAUUACAACUGUUUCCAGACGCAUGUUCGGGCGCACAUAGACAAUGAAUCGGCGUCGGGCGAGGGGGCAUCGCAGGGCAACAAUUUUCGCUACACGUGCGACAUCUGUGGCAAAAAAUACAAAUAUUACAGCUGCUUCCAAGAGCACAGGGACUUACAUGCAGUGGAUGACACCUAUAUCCAUAUGAUGGUAACGGCAGGGGACAGUAAAGAAGAGGACUCUGAGCCAUUCCUCAAACUGGGUCCAAAGACGGGCAACUACACGUGUGAGUAUUGUGGCAAACAGUACAAGUACUACACGCCGUACCAGGAGCACGUGGCACUCCAUGCGCCAAUCAAGCGCGCGUUCAGCCCUGACGUGGAGUCGAGGGAAUCGAAGACCGCCAAUAACUACGAUGAGACAAACAGCAACUCACAGCACUCGAGCGGUUCCAGCAGGACGCACGCGGGCAUGGCCGACAUGGUGGCAGGAGGGAACGUGACCAGCUGGCAGAAAGACUCCUCCAACCCAAUGAUUGGCAGCCCCUUCCCGUUGGUGCAAGAUAACAGGAAACCCUACCUGUCCCCGACCAAGACUUCCCCCUGUAUGAACAGUGGGCGGGGCUCGGCGCCCAAACAGGAAGUAGAGCCCAGGGGAGAGCUGGAUAUCGGUAAGGGAUGGAAGAAGAAAAUAAAACGGAAAGAGGAAACAAACAACAAAGCACCGGCGGCGAGGGACGAGAAGGGCGCCAAGACCGAAGAGCCGUACACGUGCGGUGCGUGUGGGAUCCAGUUCCAGUUCUACAACAACCUGCUGGAACACAUGCAGUCACAUGCUGCCGACAAUGAAAACAACAUCCCGACCAACCAGUCCCGCACGGCGCCCCCGACAGAGGAGCACUGGAAAGCGCAGCCCCCGAGGAACAACGCCAAUAACACAGCGGCGCCGCCGGUCCCCAGUAACAACUCGCUGCCGGAGAAGGAGCGCCAACACAUUGCGGAGCGGCUGCUGAGGGUGAUGUGCGCCGACCUGGGGGCGCUGAGCGUGGUCAACAGCAAAGACUUCCUGAAACUGGCGCAGACCCUGGUCGACACCGGCGCCCGUUACGGCUCCUUCUCGGUGAACGAGAUCCUGGGCAACAUGAACACCCUGGCGCUCAAGCACCUCCCCCGGAUGUACAACCAAGUCAAGGUGAAGGUGACCUGCGCCCUGGGGAGCAACGCCUGCCUGGGCAUCGGGGUCACGUGCCACUCCCAGAGCGUCGGGUCCGACUCGUGCUACAUCCUGACGGCGUACCAGGUGGAGUGCAAGCAGAUCAAGCGCUACGUUCUGGGGAUCAAGGACGUGGACAACCGGGACAGCGGCGACUUUAUCCACCAAUGGGUGCAGAAUGUCCUGUCGGAGUUCGUCAUGUCGGAGAUUCGGACGGUCUACGUUACGGACUGCAAAGUCAACUCCUCCGCCUUCUCCAAGGCCGGGACCUGCCUGCGCUGUUCCGCCUGCUCCUUGAACUCGGUGGUGCAGAGCGUGCUGAGCAAACGCACGCUGCAGGCGCGCAACAUGCACGAGGUGGUGGAGCUGCUGAACGUGGCCGAGGAGCUGGCCGGCUCGUCGGGCAUCGCCAAGGAGACCUUCGGCUCGCUGGAGGAGAGCUGCCCGCCGCCCUGCUGGAACUCGGUGACAGACUCGCUCCUGCUGGUCCACGAACGCUACGAGCAGAUCUGCGAGUUCUACAGCCGGGCCAAGAAGCUCAGCAUCAUCCAGAAUCUCAAUAAGCAUCUGCUGAGCAACCUGGCCGCCAUCUUGGCCCCCGUAAAGCAAGCGGUCAUCGACCUCAGCAACGAACGCAAGCCCACCUUGCAGCUGGUCCUGCCCACCUACGUCAAGCUGGAGAAGCUCUUCACCUCCAAAGCCAACGACGCGGGGGUCAUCAGCAAACUCUGCCACCUCUUCCUGGAAGCCUUGAAGGAGAACUUCAAGGUGGAUUCGGCGCACAAAGUGGCCAUGAUCUUGGACCCCCAGCAGAAGCUCAGGCCCGUCCCGCCUUACCAGCACGAGGAGAUCGUCGGCAAAGUCUGUGAGUUGAUCAACGAAGUCCGAGACGUCGUGGAGGAGCAGGAGUUCGAGGCUCCGGCUAAAAAACCCCGGCAAACGUCGGAAAGCUCCAAAGCUUCGGAGGACGACGGUUUGGCCAAAAGUGAAGUGUACGACUAUUUGCAGGAGCCGCUGUUCCAGGUGACCCCCGACCUCUUCCAGUAUUGGUCGUCCGUCACCCAAAAGCAUUCGAAACUGGCCAAACUGGCCUUCUGGCUGCUGGCCGUGCCGGCCGUGGGCGCCCGGAGCGAAUGCGUCAAUAUGUGCGAGCAGACCUUGCUCAUCAAACGCAGGAGACUUCUAAGCACAGAGGAGACCAAUAAAGUCAUGUUCCUCAAGUCCAAUAUGCUUUAAAAAUCCAGGCGUUUCGGGUAAAACACUUAGAAAACACUGUUCCAAAUACACGACGGCGAAGGGAGCGCAAACCCGCGGCAAACACUGUGGACCUCAGACAGAACCUUGGGGGAAUUUCUUAUUUUUACCGAAAGGAAGUUUUAAAAAAAAAAAAAAAAAAGUCGGCGAGUGUUCCUAGCACAGAACCGGAUCCGGAACCCUGGAUGGAGCGAGAGAGUUUGUAACCGGCAGCUGAAGACUUCCUCCUUUUCCCAUGAUUCACAGCGAGCUCCCCGCUCCAUCCAAUCCAUUGUGCACUUUCAGGGCAUUUGGUGGGUGGAGCCUUGUGUAUAAGGGAAAAGGGACUGAAAUAACGAGUUUUUUUUUCGUUAGGAUCCAUUUCCCCCGUUUUUUUUUUCCGGUUUCUUUGACUUUUUUUAUUUACUAAAGGGAAGAAUCUAUUGAACUUGUUUGUAAGCAACUACUGUAUCGGCUUGUUGGCGCCGUACUGCUCCGCUUUGGACACGGUACCGUUUGGGUUUCACUAAUUUAAUGAUCACACGAUCGAAUGUAAUCUUCCAGCCCAAUGAGCAGCGGUUUGUAUGGCGGCGGGACGGCUCCGGCCCAUUAGCGCAGAUCACUGGCCCCCGGCGCCAGUCGAACGGACCGUUUUGGACCCAUUGCAGAUAAAAAGUCAUUGUGUGCGGUUCAUUGUGAGGUUGAUGUCGAAAUUCGUACAGGAAAUGUUUUUUUUUUUUUAAUCUCUGGUUGGUCGGUCACCGCCCUAUCCACUUCCGCUUUAUAACCAAGGUAAGAGUAGCAAAUAGUGGGGUGCAAGUCGUUUGGUUAUAAAGGGGGCCAUACGCGGUUAGAUUCACCCAGCGAGGUCACCAACCAAGCAGAUCUUCUCUCCAAGGUGGGCGAUAUCGGGCAUAGGCGCCAUUGGGCAGAGGACCAUAUCAAUGAGCCAAUGUGGUUCUCGAUCCGACGGUAAAUCAAGCCGACCAACGUCUGGGCAGUUUUAGGUUGGGUAGGCCCAUCGGGGUGCCCAUACACGGGCAGAUAAUCUAGCGAAUUGGUCUGAAGCAGUGGAAUCUGCCCCUGUACGGGCACCUUUAGAGUAAGGAGGGGCCGGAUCAGACUGUCAGCCCUCCGGUUCCUUGGUCUAAGGGGCAAGCACUGAAAGAACGAAUGUGAAGCUUUAGCGGUGCAGGGUCGGCGGCUGUGAUGGGGAUCAGUCCCUUGUGCUACACACUCGCUAGGUGACUCUCGGUGUAGGAUACUGUAUCAUUUGCCCACAAUGAGUAGAACGGAAUGUUCCCCCCCCCUCCCCCCCCCGCUCAGUAAUAUUGCCCCUAGAAUUGGGCGAUGGAAAUGGGUUCCCACAUUCAUGGAAGAGUUGAGCAUCCAAAUACAGCAGAAUAUUGUAUUAAACACUAUCAGCACAAACCCAGCAGCGCCCCCUGCUGACCGUAUAUAUCCAAUACCAAACCCCAUAAUCCUGGUACCGCUUUCCAUAAUGCCAACGGCCCCCGUAACCCCUAUAUGCAGCCUCUGUAAAUGUAUUUAUUUAUUUAUUCUUCCCAAACCCACCAAAUCGUUUUCUAUUCGUGUGGCGCCUUUGGCAGCUGGACCCGUACAGAACUCGGGAGAAGAUCCUAAAACCAUAUCUUGGCCCUUUCUGGGGGGGGUACACUGGGCUCAAUAGUGAGGGGUCGGAAAGCCGUGACUGCUAUUCUCCUAUUAAGGCUGAUGCCCCACGGAGCCAGUUAGGUGCCCGCUAUAGACCUCUGCUAACUCGCCGGUGGAAAGGCCUAGGCAUCACUUUACCUUUCCAAAUUUCCUCCUACGGGCAACUUGGCACGACUUGGGAAAGCUAAAGUGAUGCCUAGGGCUUUCCACCGGUGCUUCCUAUUGUUGCCCGUGGAAAGGCAUUUCGGGGCAGUUAGUCGCCCACGGUAGCAGAGAUCCAUCAUGGGCGACCAAGGGGGCCAUACACGUUCGUUUGUUGACCAUCGUCUUCCGAUAUGCCCACCUAUGAUGGGCGAUAUCAGGCUAUUUCGAUCGUUUGGCCCAAUUUAAGGCCAGAUGUUGGUCAAAUAGGCCUGUCCAUCCAUGGGCAGAUAAGUUGCCAAAUCAGCCUGAAGGACCCAAGUGGCCAGCUGAAAUCUGCCCCAAUAUGGGCACCUUAACUCACUCCGUGGGGCAUCAGCCUAAGAAGGAACAGUAGGAGCCCAAUAGGACCAACGUCAUUGGCACUGGCAUUUAGUAGAGUUAUUCCUAGUCCUGCUCUAGCCAGUAGCCCAUUGGUCAGCCAGAGGUGGUAGCUACUAAAUGGGGUACCUAGGGGGGUAUCGGGGGCAUAUUUACACACAAUGGGCAAAAUGAACCCAUUCUUCUACAAACAAGGGCAAUAAAUGCUGCAUCCACCAAUGGAUGUUGUUGCGGUUGGUGCCCAUCUCCCAGCGGGCAAAGUGACCCUCCAUGAUCAGUAACAAUAUAUAAAUGUCAAUCUAUAGCGGCCUGUGAUUGGCUGAUUAGUAGAUGGGCUAGACCGGGGGCAAGAAGUGAGGGUUUAUGGGCCACUUACACCAUGAAUGCUACUUGCCCUUGAGUCGAGGUUGUUGGCUGCCGUUCCAAGGCAGUGAAUCCUGAUACUCCCUGUAGGUCACCGGCAGUCAGUGUUCCUAGAUACGAUCUAUGGGAUAAUUAGAGCGUCACACCCGCGGGGACUGGGCGAGCUUGCAGAGGCAGGAAGCUAAAUUUGCAUCCAAAUAGUAAAUGUGAGAUCCUAGUGCUAAGCUUUAAUAUAUAUAAACUAGAACUUCCAAAGAAAAGACAUUUUGCCCCCACAGAAGCUGCGAUGGCCUUUCCGCCUGUGUAAGCCCGCCUAAGGCUCAGCAUUUAUCCUCGUCCUUUAUUCGCCCACAUUCUACUCCGUUGAAGCCAAAAUGCUAGCGACCAAAACCGACGUCCGUUUGUAUCCGGUGAGGGGGCUGCAGAAAUAUAGAGGGGGGGGGUCCAGUUGAACCCCGGUCUGUGAUUGGUUUAGACGGCGGAGAGUCGAGAAAAAGCCGGUUUUGUUUUCCGUUCCACGCUGUAUAAAUUCCCGCUAACCUCGUGUACAGUCCCCCCCAGAGGAGACUUUAGGGGUCACGUGGGAAUGUAGAGAAGCUGUAGUUCAAUGCAAUAUGGGAUCACUCCAGUGGGGGGCGCUACAGGGUCCCCGAUGGGAUCACCCCCCACCCACAGACACUCACACAAUAGCUUUUUUCUAGGCCGGGUUCUUUUCUAACGAAUAUUUUUCUUACGUUUUUUUCCCCGGUUUUUGGCGGCAGUGCGUUCCUUUAUACCGUUUUUUAGCAGCACAGUAUUUUUUUAUACAAGAUGGCCGAUGCUUUGGGGCGCGCAGCACUGCCGGAUCGAAGGGCAACGGGAAUCCAGGGGGGGGGGGGGGGGGGGGGGGGGGGGCGGUCGCACCACAACCAUAGAUAUUUUUGUGGAAGGAAAGUACGGUGCUGGGAUUUCAAUGGAACGUUUAAUUUAUAAUUUAUGGCAUUUCGCCCUUUCCCAGCAUCCUUUGCAGUCGUACAUUUAUUAACGAUAGUAAUUGGCCCUCGGCAAUGAAGCCAUUGGCUAAGGAUUUAGUCCUUCACUGUAUCAUCCGCGACCAAAUAUGUCUCAAAUUCGGAAGAAAAAAAUGGCUGUUGACGUCUCCACCAAUCGGUGAUCUCCAAACGUUGGAAACGCGCACGAUUGGACGAUUGUUUGAAAGAGGAGGCGGAAACGUUUCUUUGCUCUUCUUCUGUUUUUCCUUUCAUGGCCAAAGAUUUCCGCCGCCAAGGGGCAGAGCUGGUUCCGAGAGGGCGUGCCUAACGCUACUCGUGGGCGGUUCCUCCCCUCCCCCCCAGUGUUGGUCUCACCAUUCAAGUUUUGUUAUUAUAUUUUCUAUCUGUUCAGUGUUUUCUGUUUUGAGAAUUCUACGGACUGACAAAGUUCUAUGGAGAAGAUUCUAUAGGGGCGGAAGGAGAGGCCCCUCCCCCUUGUACAGGUUCCACCCCCCCACCACUCUGCGUGAGCGUUGGCUAUGUAGAACGAGUGGGAAAUAGAGAAGAAGAGUUAUUAUUAUUAUUAUUCAACAAUAUUAUUUUCUGAUAUUUGAUGCCAAGACAGAAGACAUGUUUGUAACUGUUAGACCCAUCAGUUGCUUGAUGAUUUUCUUUGUUGGUGUUGUAUUUAUGGUUUUUCAAUAAAAAGAAAUUUAGAAAGAG